UGUUUUUGUCAAUUGCUCUUUGGAGCUUCCCAGGCGGAGUCGAAAAUCGCGCGGAAAAUGUUCAUUAACAAAGAGAAGGCGGCCAAAAUUGUGAAAUAAGUUAACUAGCGGUACAGUGAAAAAGCAGCUGAGUUUUUGAUAGUGAAUAUAAGUACGAAAAACUCCAACUGUUCAGUCCUGUUGUUGUUAUUGCUGCCAAGGCCGAAGGAGCGAAAGAGAGAGGCCGAGAAGAAAAAGAAUCUGUGCUAACAAAAACAAAGGUUCCAGCCAGAGUCUGCGAUGAGCCGUCUCCUGGAGAAGCCUAACAUCGCCAUGUCCAUUAAGUCCACGGGUAGUCAGCUCUCGAGCACGAUGACCACGGCCUCGACGACGUCGCCAUCGGACUUAGAGGAUGCGGACACAUCCCGCACCCAACUAAAGGCAUUCGAAACAUCAGGAGUAGCCAUCACACCCGCCACAACAGUAAGCCCCAGCGUCAAAUUGACACCAAUGCGUCAGAAGAUCGACCAGGUGGUAAUCAGCCUGAUAUCCGGAGCAGCGGCGGGGGCGUUGGCCAAGACGGUCAUCGCCCCGCUGGACCGCACCAAGAUUAACUUCCAGAUCCGUAACGAUAUUCCGUUUUCGUUCCGCGCCUCGCUGCGCUACCUGCAAAACACCUAUGCCAACGAGGGCGUCUUGGCGCUGUGGCGGGGGAACUCAGCGACGAUGGCCAGGAUCGUUCCGUACGCGGCCAUUCAGUUCACGGCCCAUGAGCAGUGGCGUCGCAUCCUGCAUGUGGACAAGGAUGGUUCAAACACCAAAGGUCGUCGGUUUUUGGCUGGUUCUCUGGCAGGAAUCACUUCUCAGUCACUGACGUACCCCCUGGACUUGGCCCGCGCCCGAAUGGCGGUCACAGAUCGGUAUACGGGUUACCGGACCUUGCGACAGGUCUUCACCAAGAUCUGGGUGGAGGAGGGUCCGCGUACGUUAUUCCGUGGCUAUUGGGCGACGGUUCUCGGCGUGAUUCCCUAUGCUGGUACAUCAUUCUUCACCUACGAGACUCUUAAGCGGGAGUAUUAUGAAAGGGUCGGCAGCAACAAGAGCAAUACUCUAGUCUCGUUAGUUUUCGGGGCUGCGGCCGGUGCCGCUGGACAAACGGCCAGCUAUCCUUUGGACAUUGUAAGGCGAAGAAUGCAGACGAUGCGGGUGAAUACGUCAAUGGGAGAUCGGUACCCAACCAUCCUGGAGACCCUCGUAAAGAUUUACAGAGAGGAGGGAAUCAAGAAUGGCUUCUACAAGGGUCUAAGCAUGAAUUGGAUCAAAGGUCCCAUCGCCGUUGGCAUCAGUUUCUCCACCUACGAUCUAAUCAAGUCGUGGCUUACAGAGGUGUCCAACCUAAGACGAUCUGAAAAGUAGCCCCAACCACCUUUUACCCAUAAACACCACACCAAAAACGCACUGCUUUGUUCUUAAGUCUCGUGAUCGAUAUGGAUAUCUCGAGGGGAUUGAAGUGCAGCACCGACAUGCUCUAAUUGUUAGAUAUUUUUAGAUGUUAGUUGUGAGGGAGAAGAGAUAAGAAGACACCCGAAAGCGCUUAAAUUUGUUAUUAAACCAUAAUUGAUUUAUUAUCGCCAUAAGCCGAAAGUAUUUCAGCCAAUAAACUGUCUGAAUAAUGACUCGCCUGGCACCUACUACUACUACCCAGGACCAACCUCCAGGGUUCAGCUCGUACUCUAUGGUGUUGCUUGGACAAUAAUUUAACUCUUUUACUCCUAGACUAAUGAUAAUGAUUUAUCCUUAAGCUUUUGUAUAAUGUGUAAUUCCACCUCGAUGUCAAUGCGCUGCGACUGUAAUAAUUGCCAUGAAUUUAAGGGUGUUCACCAGCGAAAUCAUCUUAUGCAUAUACUAUGUAAUUCUUGUAUGUUAGUGUGUUUUUUAUUACUAAAUUUACAAAAAUUGUUUAAA